CGCUGCGGGCGGCGGAGCGCCCGCGGACCCUCCCCCUUCGCCCGGGGUGUGACGGGCCGAGCCGGGCCGGGCCAGACGGCAACAUGUUGGGUAUGAUCAAGAACUCCCUGCUGAGCACGGUGGAGACGUGGCCCUACCGGGUGCUGAGCAAGGGGGAGAAGACUAAAAAAUCCCAAUUCCCUCAGGAGCAGCUCAGCUACGAGGAGAGGGAGUGUGAAGGUGGGCAGUUUGCUGUGGUGGAGGUGACGGGGAAGCCCUUUGAUGAAGCCUCAAAGGAAGCAGCACUGAAGCUCCUCAAGUAUGUUGGAGGAAGCAAUGACAAAGGCGCUGGAAUGGGCAUGACUGCUCCAGUUUCCAUCACUGCUUUUCCUGCUGAGGAUGGCUCCUUACAGCAGAAAGUGAAGGUCUAUCUGCGAAUCCCAAACCAAUUUCAAGCCAGUCCUCCCUGUCCAAGUGAUGAAAGUAUUAAGAUUGAAGAGAGACAAGGGAUGACCAUUUAUUCCAUGCAGUUUGGUGGCUAUGCCAAAGAGGUGGACUAUGUGAACUACGCUGCCAAACUGAAGACUGCUCUGGGAAGUGAAGCUGCAUACCGCAAGGAUUUCUACUUCUGCAAUGGUUACGACCCCCCUAUGAAGCCUUACGGGAGACGCAAUGAGGUCUGGUUUGUAAAAGAAUGAGCAUCUGGAUCCCAGUGAUGCUGCCUUGCACCGACAGGCUCCCCAUACUCUGUCUAUCUUCUCUUCAAAAUGAACUAACUGUUUGGCAGAGGCAGAAAGCCAUUAUCCUCUUUCACACCCAUGCCUUGGUCUUUUAUGGACUAACAAUUUUAGAAGAAAGAAUACUGCACACUCACCUGAUGAUCCUGCUCCUUCAUUGCAGACCAAGUUCUCAAUCACAGACUCUCAUGAUCUCACAGUGUCUUGCUUUUAUCUUCCUCAUGCUCCCAAAGUUCAAUGCUGAGGCAGCUGAAGUAAUCAGUUACCAGGACUGGUUCCUGACAGGAGUCAUGUCCAAGUGCUGGCAGUCUAUUAGUCUUACCUGAGGCAGGCAGGGAAAUAUGAUGAGAGUGCAUACAGGUUUUUUUAAUCAUCUUGAGCUUGCUGCAGCAGUAAGAUGCUGCAAGCGUCUGUGCAAUUGAAAAAGCAAUAUAAAGGGACGUGAGGGACAUCAGCAUUGCUACCAAAACAAUGCAGUGAAAAUAAGCAUUCUUUACGU